CUCUUGCUAUGUCCCCCAACUUUUUGGACUUUUUGCUCCUUUUUUCAAUUCUUUUUGCUUUAUUUCCUCAAUUUCUGUGAGUUCUCUUAUUUUCUUUCUUUUUUGCAUUCUUUUUCAAAGAAUUACAUGUCCAAACGUUUUUGUUGGAUUUGGCACAAACUCAAAAAUACCAACGGUCGGCGUCAGUUCGUGCCAGCCGCAACUAUAAAAAGGACGAUUAAAGUGCAAAAGAAAAGUGCAAGUUUUCGAAAAAAUAUUGGAGAAAUGAGAGGGUGGACGGAAGCGUGUGACCAAUGUCCACUCACUGCCACCCAGUUGUUACUAUGUCCGUUAUAUAAAAACUAUUGCCAUAGCUGCCAGCCGUAUAUUUAAAGUAAAGGAAUUGGAGAGUGGUGAAUAGAAGGAAGGGAAGGAUAAAAGAAUUUAAGAACGGAAGAAGAGUUUGGAAGGUAUAGAUGAGAAAAUGGUAGGAUUGAGGAAGAUCAGUGAGGAAGGUAUUAAGUAAUUUGUGGAGGUGGAAGGAUGGAAGAUGAGAAGGGUAGAGGGAAAGAAGAAAAUGAUAGAAGGGGUAAUAAACGAUGAAGCG